AACACGCGUGGACUCGGGAGAGCGCAGACACGCCGCGUGGGGGGGAGGAAUAGAAGGAGCGAAGCAACCGGAGGGGAUGGUGGAGCCAAGAAAGCCGAGUCCGCUCACCGUCACUCAAACCCGGGGAGGGCGAGGCGGAGGCAGGCGCCGGACCAUGAGGACCGCGGCCGCGCCAGGCGAGCGACGGCCGUCGGCGGCGGCAUCGCCAGCGGCGGCGAAGGCGACAUCCCGCCGAUAACUCCGGGACACCAAAAGUUGGAGCUCCCUGGACAAUGCUCACAAAUGGGUCUGAGCUGAACAGCACCGCGCCGGACCCGGACGACGAUACCGCCGCCGUUCUCCAGCGCCCGCCGUGGGUCACCACAACUUUGGGCUGCUUUCUCAUCUUCACCAUCGUGGUGGACAUUCUGGGCAACCUGCUGGUUAUCUUCUCCGUGUACCGCAACAAGAAGCUUCGGAACGCAGGCAACAUCUUCGUGGUGAGCCUGGCAGUCGCCGACCUGGUGGUGGCCAUCUACCCGUACCCCUUGGUGCUGGCGUCCAUCUUCCACAACGGCUGGAACCUGGGCUAUGCCCACUGCCAAAUCAGCGGCUUCCUGACAGGCGUCAGCGUCAUCGGCUCCAUCUUCAACAUCACCGGCAUCGCCCUCAACCGCUACUGCUACAUCUGCCACAGCCUCAAGUACGACAAGCUCUACAGCGACAAGAACUCCCUGUGCUACGUUCUCCUGAUCUGGGCUCUGACCGUGGUGGCCAUCGUGCCCAACCUCUUCGUGGGCUCCUUGCGCUACGACCCCCGGGUCUACUCCUGCACCUUCGAGCAGUCGGCCAGCUCGGCCUACACCAUCGCCGUGGUCUUCUUCCACUUCAUCUUGCCCAUCAUGAUCGUCACCUACUGCUACCUGCGCAUCUGGAUCCUGGUCAUCCAGGUGCGCCGGCGGGUCAAGCCCGACAACCGGCCCAAGCUGACGCCCCACGACGUGCGCAACUUCGUCACCAUGUUCGUGGUCUUCGUGCUCUUCGCCGUCUGCUGGGCGCCCCUCAACCUCAUCGGCUUGGCGGUGGCCAUCCGGCCGGAAGUGGCGCUGCCGCUGGUGCCUGAGUGGCUGUUCGUGGCCAGCUACUUCAUGGCCUACUUCAACAGCUGCCUUAACGCCAUCGUCUACGGCGUGCUCAACCAGAACUUCCGACGCGAGUACAAGCGCAUUGUGGUGUCGCUCUGCACCGCCAGACUAUUCUUCCAGGACAGCUCCAACGACCAGGGUGGCCCUGGCGGCGAGAGGCUCAAGAGCAAGCCCUCGCCGCUCACCACGAAUAAUAACCGCGUCAAAGUGGACUCGGUCUGACAACCAGAGAAAAAAAUUAACCAAAUAUGAUAUCAUGGAGAAGCCUCAAAUGACUGCGACACGGUGCUAAUCUGACCUCCACAAUCAGUACAACAGGGGUACAUAUGUAUUAUCUUAUUGUUAUUAUCAGACGCUUUGCUUUGCUGCUGCAUGAAUGACUGACAGACCCAAACCUCCGAUAGAAACUCCGGCAACUGCUAGUAAGUUCUGGUAGUCCUCUCGAGGCUCCUAGUUGUCCAUGAGUGAAGGUUCCUGGUUAGUAACAAGGCCUAAUGGUCACUACAACUUCCGAUUGAUCAGCUUUCUCGUCUGUAAGGAGCACCUUGGAGUCUAAAAGCAAGCCCAUAAGUUUUAGUAGUCCACUAAAAGCUCCUAGUGGUCCACGAGUGACACCUAAAGGUCCCUGAUCACUAAAAAUGCCUUUUGGUUACUAGAAGUUUUAAUUGAUCAGCUUCGAGUCUGUAAGCAACACCUGGGGUUAUAGAAGCAGCUGCUCAAAGUCCACUAGAGGCUCCUAGUGACCCAUGAGUAACCCUUAAAGCUCACUAAUGGCCACUAGAAUUUUCAUUGAUCAGUUUCCGAUCCGUAAGCGAAACUUUGGGUUUUGAAGCAACCGCUAGAAUUUAGCUCGUAGGUUCUGGUAGUCCUCUGGCGACUCCUAGUGGUCCACGAGUGAUUCCUGAAAGUCCAUGAUCACAAAUGGUGACUAGAAUUUCUCAUUGAUCAGCUUCCGGUCUGUAAGACACACCUUUGGUCCUAGAAACAACUGCUAGAAUUCAGCUUGAAAGUUCUGGUAGUCCUCUGUCAGCUCCUAGUGUUCCGUGAGUGACACCUGAAGGUCCCUGAUCACUGGAAACACCUGAUGGUCACUAAAAAUUUCGAUUGACCAGCUCAUCCUUUGUAAGCAACACCUUGGGUUCUUUAACCAACUGCGAAAAGUGGGCUCACAAGUUCUAGUUGUCCACUAAAGGAUCCUAGUGGUUCAUGACUGACUCCUGAAGGUCCACCAUCACUUGAUGAUCACUCACAACUCCUAGUGUUCGGUUGAUAAAUCCCCUAGUCUGUGUGCAACACCAGGGGUUCUAGAAGCAGCUGCUAGAUGAUCACUCAAAACACCUAACGGUUGAUAGUUGUUUUGAUUGAUCAGCUUCUAGUCUGUGAGCAACACCUGAGAUUCUUGAAGCAGCUUAUGGAAGUCCACUAGAGGCUCCGAGUAACCCAUGAGUGACACUUAAAGGUUCAUGGUCACUGAGUGUCGCUAGAAUUUCUUCAUUGAUCAGCUGCCGAUCUGUUAGCGACACCUUCGGUUCUAGAAACAACUGCUAGAAUUUGGCUUGUAGGUUCUGGUAGUCCUCUGGCGGCUCCUAGUGACCCAUGAGUGACAACUUAAGGACCAUGAUCACUAAUGGUUGCUAGAAUUUCUCAUUGAUUAGCUUCCGUUCUGUAAGUGACACCUUCGGUUCAAGAAAUACUGUAGCUUGUAGGUACUGGUAGUCUUCUGACAGCUCCUAAUGGUCCGUGAGUGACACCUGAAGGUCCCUGAUUACUCAAAACCCUUGAUGGUUGCUAGUCGCUCUGAUUGAUCAGCUUCUAGUCUGUCCCCGGGGCCUACAAGCAACUGCUAAAAGUUGUUCUAGUAGUCCGCUAGGGGAUCCUAGUGGUCCAUGAGUGACUCAUGAAGGUCCACAAUCACUCGAUGAUCACUCUCAACUCCAAGUGUUCGGUUGAUCAGCUCCUAGUCUGUAAUCAACACCUGGGGUUCUAGAAGUAGCUGCUGGUAGUCCUCUGGUGGCUCUUAGUGGUCCAUGAGUGACACCUGAUGGUCCAGGAUCAGUCAUGCUCGCUAGAAUUUCUCAUUGAUCAGCUUCCAGUCUGUAAGUGACACCUUCAGUUCUAGAAACAACUGCUAGUAUUCGGCUUGAAAAUUCUGGUAGUCUUCUGACAGCUCCUAGUGGUCCAUGACUGACUCCUGAAGGUCCGCCAUCACUCGAUGAUCACUCACAACUCCUAGUGUUCGGUUGGUCAGCCGCUAGUCUGCAACCAACACCUGGGGUUAUAGAAACAACUGUUCAUCAGUUCCAGUGGUCACUCGUGACUACUAGUGGACUUCUAGAACUCUGCUGUUUUUGUAAAAGCUCCCAUAAUCAACUGCUAGUAGUCUGCACCAACUCCCGGUGUUGUCACCACUUCAAAUGGUCCACUAUCAAGUCCAAGUGGACUAGAAGCAGCUGCUGGUAGUCCUCUAGUGGCUCCUAGCGGUCCCUGAGUGACACCUGAAAGUCCAUGAACACUCAUGGUCGCUAGAAUUUCUCAUUGAUCAGCUUCCAGUCUGUAAGCGACACCUUCAGUUCUAGAAGCAGUUGCUAGAUGAUCACCCGAAACACCUAACGGUCGCUAGUAGUUCUGAUCGAUCGGCUACUAGUCUGUAAACACCUCGGGUCCUAGAAGCAACUGCUUAAAGAUGUUCUAGUAGUCCGCUAGAGGAUCCUAGUGGUCCAUGAUUGACUACUGAAGAUCACAAUCACUUGACGAUCACUCACAACUCCAAAUGUUCAGUUUAUCAGCUCCUAGUCUGUAAGCAACACAUGGGGUUCUAGAAACAACUGCUCAUCAAUUCCAGUGGUCACUCGUGACUCCUAGUGGACUUAUGGAAUUCUCCUGGUUUUGUAGAAGCUCCCAUAAUCAACUGCUAGUAGUCUGCACAAACUCCCGGUGUUGUCGCCACUUCAAAUGGUCCGCUGUCAAGUCCAAGUGGUCCACUAGUAGGUUCCAGUCAUUUGCCAACAAUCGCUAGUCAUCGCGGACAACUUCUGAAGGUCCACCAUCAACGUACAACAAAUCUGGUUGUGAUCAUCUUAUCAGGCACUUUUUGCUUUGUAGCUAUAGUCCAGUCAACAUAUGUCCAACUUUUUUUUUUUUUUUAAUGCUAAUGAUAUCAUCCUAUUUAUUUUCAAUGUAGAUAUAUUAGUAAUACAAAUAUAUAGAUAUAUAUACAGUAUAUCAGGUUCCAGCCAAGCCAAGACAAAAGAUUGAAUAAUAAGCUCAUUUGUGGCAGUGUGACACUUAACCAAGUGCUGUCUUAUUCUUCUUCUACUCCCCUUCAUGAUGUGGACUAUAUAUUUUAGUAAGCAGGCCAUCCUGUGCUCUCAUUAGACUGUAUGCAUGGAUAUCAGGAAUUGUUCAUAAUAUGCAAAAUAAAAACGAUAUACACUUCACAUGGUUUUAUGGCUUCGUUCCUAGAUCGUUUCACGCCAACGUUCCGGAAUGUGGAACAAUUUCAUGCACAAUGUUUAAAAGCCCAUGCGAUAGGCUCAAACACCCCUGCGAUGGUUUGAAAGAUGAACGAGUGUAAAAACUUUUGGGGGUGGGGGGUGGCCUAUUUUUAAGGCAUAUGGUUUUAUUCUACA